CUCAAAACCCCACCCCUAUCUACUAAGGAAAAGCCAAAAAACCUUUUCCCAUCUGUCUACCCAAUCUUCAUUUUAGCUACAUUUCCGGACAAUACAUUCUGCCCACUCCCUCUUCAACACUUGCCAUCUAUAGCCACCCAUUAUCCUGCAUUUCCCAGCAUAGGGAAUAGGUGAAUAUGGCACAGAUUUUAGCUCCUUCUGCCCAAUGGCAAAUGAGGAUUGCCAAGAGCUCAACAGAGGCUUCUCCAAUGGCUUCAAAGAUGUGGGGCUCUGUUGUAAUGAAACCAAACAAAAGACUUGCAGUAAAAAGCUCUGCUAAGUUCAGAGUGUUUGCGCUGCAGUCUGAUAACAGCACUGUAAACCGGAUGGAACAGCUGCUAAAUUUGGAUGUUACUCCGUACACUGAUAAGAUCAUUGCUGAAUACAUAUGGAUUGGUGGCUCUGGAAUUGACACGCGUAGUAAAUCCCGAACAAUUUCAAAACCAGUUCAAGACCCUUCCGAGCUUCCAAAGUGGAACUAUGAUGGAUCAAGUACCGGGCAAGCACCUGGAGAAGACAGUGAAGUUAUUCUAUACCCCCAAGCAAUAUUUAAGGACCCUUUCCGUGGAGGUAACAACAUCUUGGUCAUCUGUGAUACAUACACGCCAGCUGGUGAGCCUAUUCCAACGAACAAACGCUACAGGGCUGCUCAAAUUUUUAGCGACCCAAAAGUUGUAUCAGAAGUGCCAUGGUAUGGUAUAGAGCAAGAGUACACCUUACUGCAGCAAAAUGUGAAGUGGCCCUUGGGUUGGCCUGUUGGAGGUUACCCAGGUCCUCAGGGUCCUUACUACUGUGGUGCUGGAGCAGACAAGUCGUUUGGCCGUGACAUAUCAGAUGCUCACUACAAGGCCUGCUUAUAUGCUGGAAUUAACAUUAGUGGCACCAACGGGGAGGUCAUGCCUGGUCAGUGGGAAUUCCAAGUAGGCCCUAGCGUCGGGAUUGAGGCUGGAGAUCAUAUCUGGUGUGCUAGAUACAUCCUUGAGAGAAUUACUGAACAAGCUGGAGUUGUUCUCUCACUUGAUCCAAAGCCUAUAGAGGGUGACUGGAAUGGUGCUGGGUGCCACACCAACUACAGUACCAAGAGUAUGAGAGAGGAAGGGGGCUUUGAAGUUAUCAAGAAAGCAAUUCUGAAUCUCUCUCUUCGCCACCGGGAUCACAUCAGCGCUUAUGGAGAAGGAAAUGAGAGAAGGUUGACGGGAAAGCAUGAAACUGCCAGCAUCAACACAUUUUCUUGGGGAGUUGCUAACCGGGGUUGUUCAAUUCGUGUGGGCCGUGAUACCGAGAAGAAUGGCAAAGGCUAUUUGGAGGAUCGACGCCCUGCUUCAAACAUGGAUCCCUAUGUGGUGACCGCGUUACUUGCUGAAACUACCCUACUGUGGCAGCCCACACUGGAGGCCGAAGCUCUUGCUGCCCAAAAACUGGCAUUGAAGGUCUGAAAGGGGUUGAAGUGAAUCAUGAAGAGUAGAUUGAUUUAUUAUAUUAGUGUAGGAACCUGGUGCUGCGUUUUUCUUUGAUUCCUUUGUGCAAAUAAGGAACCUAUUUACUCCUUAAAAACACUUUGCUGCAUGUGCUUUUGCUUACAAAUGGUUCCUUAGACACAAAGUGAUGUUGGAAUCAAGUUGCCUUCAUGAAUAUUUUGGACAGUUCAGUUUGAACAUUUUCUUUAAUUUGCUGGAGUUUUAUUGCAUUAUUAAUAAUAUAGAAGCCUAUGAUGCUUUUCUUUGUAGUUUGUA